CUUAGCACCCGUAACCUUAAGAACUGCCUCCGCCUAGCAAAGAAACUAGAUAAUAAAAGAAUUAGCCCUUAUAAGAUUAUAGAAGCUAUUCUAGCCUUCUACCCCUACGUAUAUAAGCUCUUACUCCCCUUGUCCUUUAAACUUAGUACUAACACCUUCUACGUCUCCCUACUUACGCCUAUCGCUAACGAUCCCCUACCGAUAUAG